AUGCAUGUGUCGACACUCACGAACAAAUGGUUCGGCGAGUCGAACAAGCUUGUUUCAGCACUAUUUGGCCUCGCUCGCAAGCUGCAGCCGACGAUUGUGUUUAUUGAUGAGAUCGACAGCUUCUUGCGCGAACGAGCAUCAAGCGACCACGAGGCUAUGGCCAUGAUGAAGGCAGAAUUCAUGACACUCUGGGAUGGCCUCACGUCAUCGACAGAUCGCAUCCUUGUGUUGGGCGCGACGAAUCGCCCAGCUGAUAUCGACGCGGCGAUCCUUCGUCGCAUGCCCAAACGCUACGCAGUGAGCUUGCCUGACAGUGCGCAGCGGAAAAAGAUCCUGUCUAUAAUGUUGGCGAAUGUGCCAUGUGCACCGAACUUUGACCUGGGUGACAUUGUCCGCAAGACCGAGGGGUACAGUGGAAGCGAUCUAAAAGAACUGUGCCGCGCCGCAGCUAUGGUGCCCGUCCGUGAAGUGCUGCGUAGUCACGCUGGUAGGAAGACGGUGGAACGUGCGCGCGAAAACUCCAAGGCUGGCCUGCCUAAUGACACGAACAUUGGCAUGUCGGUACGGGCGCUGAAAAACUCCGACUUUUUCCAGGUUGAUGCUACUUUGCCUGAGUCAAAUACUGAGCAGGAAUCAUUAGAUUAG